CCUGCAGAACCUUUGGCGAUGUGCAGCAGACUCUUUAGGUCUGACUGCUUUGCCAAAACGAAUGCUUCAAUUUCAUUAUUUACCAACAAUUUAAAGUCGGCCAAGCUAACUUUUUAGUUAGCCGCUGACCGAUUCCGUUUUGAUUUAGGGAUUACAAUUCUUGAGACCGACCCAGCGUGAAAGAAACACACAAAAAUAAACCAAGCAAAGUCCAGGGUUUGUUGCCCUUCCCGAGACGCAACGUCCAGGGAAUACUGACCAGUGGACACUCGGUCCCUAGCUGUGACAUACACAGAGUUGGGACACGGUGGCUGAUACAAUGUGGAAAGAAGCGCUGCUAUUUGUCUUGGCCCUCCUCGUGCUCAUCAGAGCAGACGAUGCACGAAACCAGUGUGUAGACCCGGUGACCAAAGCCGUUAUCAAAGACAGAGAGUCCUACUUCCCUUACAGUGAGAACCCUUGCUACAAGUGCCAGUGCCGGCGAGGCAAGCUCAGCUGUGAGAAUUUGGAGUGCAAGGACGUCUCUGUGUGCCCAGACGGCUCCGAGCCCUUCACUGUGGAGGGGGAGUGCUGUACGCGUUGCCCAGGAGUAGUAAAUGAAGUUGCUAGAGAUAGAGGUGAAGCUGCGGUUGAUACGUCAGCUGCACAGAAUCAACAAGCGAUAAACAGUGGAGAUAAAGCUGGACCUGCCUAUUCGCCUAAUGGAUAUUUUGCUGCUGGACCACCAGGACAAAGAGGACCCCCUGGACCUCCUGGACCACCUGGCCAACCUGGUUAUCAAGGUGCUAGAGGUGAGGCUGGAGAUCCUGGACCACCAGGAGCACCAGGCUCUAGAGGACUUCCAGGACCCGCAGGACCACCUGGCCCUGAGGGUGAUGAAGGAGCACCUGGUGAUGCUGGAUCUGCUGGACCCCCCGGACCUGCUGGAGAAAGUGGCCGACCUGGUUUACCUGGCAUGCCUGGCCCUAAAGGACACAGGGGUUUCCCUGGACGUGAAGGUCAAGAAGGUGAACGAGGACGUCAGGGUGAAAAGGGUGCUAUCGGUACUCCUGGACCAGCUGGUGCCCCCGGUCAGUUAGGCCCCAGAGGUUCCCCUGGAGAGCGCGGACGUGAUGGUAGCCCAGGCAUUCAGGGACAACGUGGAGACGAUGGAUCACCAGGCAGCCAAGGCCCAUCUGGACCCCCAGGCCCACCCGGAAAUUCUGGAUUCCCUGGAGCCCCAGGACAGAAAGGAGAUGCUGGACAAUAUGGACCAACAGGUGAAACUGGACCUUCUGGCCCUCCUGGAUCUGACGGAGCCCCUGGAGCCCCUGGCCCAAGUGGAGCCCCCGGUGAAAGAGGCAUUGAUGGUGCACCAGGAGCUAAAGGAAACAGGGGUCCUACUGGCCCCAAUGGUCAACCUGGAUUCCCUGGACCCCAGGGUCCACCAGGCAACCCAGGAGAAGCUGGUCUACCUGGAGGCAAGGGAGAUAAUGGUCGCGAUGGAAGCCCCGGAUCCCCCGGUGACGCUGGCGCAAGAGGAAACCCUGGACCACCUGGAGAGAGAGGCUUACCCGGUAUUCCUGGACCAGAAGGAAAGAGAGGUUUGAAUGGCUUACCUGGCAACCCUGGCUUAGCUGGUCCUCAAGGAGAGGCUGGUGCCCCUGGUUUGUCUGGCCCCCCUGGAGCUCCUGGAGCACAGGGUAACAACGGACUUAAUGGAGAUAGAGGUCCACCCGGAGAGAGAGGACCAGCAGGAAAUAAUGGAAAUCCUGGCCCACCAGGCCCAUCCGGAGCUCCUGGACAACGUGGUAAUCCUGGAACUGCAGGUAAAGAAGGAGCCGCAGGACUACAAGGACCACCGGGAACUGACGGUGAAGAUGGCACACCAGGCGAGCAAGGUCCAUCAGGGCCACCAGGACCUCCUGGACUUACUGGACCACAAGGAGCUAGAGGAGACCCAGGCCCUGCUGGUAAGACUGGACCCGAAGGGAGAGCUGGACCUCCAGGACCAAGAGGAGAACGAGGAUCUGCUGGUGAUUCUGGACCACCAGGACCUGCAGGACCUUCGGGAGCCAUUGGUGAGCCUGGUCCCCCUGGCCCUCAGGGUGAUCCUGGAUUACAGGGGUUGACUGGACCUGUUGGCGCCUCUGGCCAGGAUGGUAGACCAGGAGAACCCGGCCAAGCUGGAUCACCAGGAGAAGCAGGAAAACCUGGAGAAAGAGGAGCUCCAGGUAAUCCCGGAGAAUUAGGACCUCCAGGAGCUAGAGGUGCACCAGGUGAAAGAGGCCCAUCCGGACCAUCUGGAGAAUCUGGCCCACAAGGCCCAUCAGGACCACAAGGACAAAGAGGAGACCCAGGCCCACAAGGCAUUGCUGGAGGUCCUGGUGAGAGAGGUCCAACAGGUCGUCCCGGCCCUCGUGGUUCUCGAGGUCCUCCAGGUGAAUCUGGCAAAGAUGGUGAGAUUGGACAGCAAGGUGAACCAGGUCCAGCAGGACCUGCUGGCCAGCCUGGACCCGCUGGACAAGUAGCCCACAGAGGUGAUCGCGGUCCUCCUGGCCUUCCUGGUCCUGCGGGAGGAGUCGGUCCAUCAGGCAGACCUGGCCCACCUGGCCAGUUGGGCCCUGCUGGACCACAAGGACCACCUGGACCAGCUGGAGAACCUGGACAGCCUGGAGAUGAUGGACCAGCUGGACAGAGAGGUGACCCAGGACAGAGAGGACUUUCAGGAACCCCUGGUGAACCUGGAGCUCCUGGACGUCCAGGCAAUGAAGGAGGUAAAGGACCAGUUGGAGAGGCUGGACCACCAGGAGCUGCUGGACAACCUGGACAACCUGGAACAAAUGGUCCACCUGGACCACAAGGACCAUCAGGAUCUACUGGACCUGCUGGAGCUCCUGGCCCACAAGGAGAAAGGGGAUCACAAGGUGAAUCUGGCCCACCUGGUAUUCCUGGAGAACCUGGCCAACCUGGAGCGCCUGGCAAUGAGGGUCUUCCCGGAGAGAGAGGCGCCCCAGGUCUUUCCGGACCACCAGGACAACCCGGACCUGUCGGGCCACAAGGAGAACGAGGACUCAAUGGCUUUGCUGGAGCCCAGGGAGAACCUGGACCAACAGGCCCAGCAGGAGAACAAGGAGAUGCAGGAGCCCCAGGCAGAGAUGGUAAAGAUGGUCAAUCAGGUCCACCAGGACCACCUGGCCCAUCUGGACCUGCAGGCUACCCCGGUGAAGCUGGAUCACCCGGAGACCGUGGCAAUGAUGGUAUUGCUGGUGCCCCAGGGCGAAUUGGUGAGAAGGGCAACCGUGGACCCAGUGGACCACCAGGACCUCAAGGACUUAAUGGAGCUUCAGGCCCACCAGGUCCCAAUGGACCUCCAGGACCACAAGGAGAACGAGGAGAAAGGGGAGAGAGGGGCCCAGGCGGCUCACCAGGACUCGGAGGACCCCCAGGCCCACCAGGACCAACUGGACCAGCAGGUGAACAAGGACGUCGUGGAAAGAAUGGAGCUAAGGGAGACAAGGGCUGGCCAGGGCGACCUGGUGGCCAAGGAUUGCCUGGACCUCAGGGAUCAAAUGGUGAAGCUGGAACACCUGGACCUGCCGGACCACCUGGCCCUCCUGGAUCAAGUGGACAAAGAGGUUUACCUGGCCGCAACGGAGAAAGUGGACCCGCUGGACGCCCAGGCAGUCCUGGAGCUCGUGGACCAGCUGGUGAUGAUGGACAACAAGGACCACCUGGUCAACCAGGCCCACCUGGACCACCAGGCCCACCUGGCUACACUACUGGAUUUUCACCACCCACCUACAACGGCAAGGGUAAUGAUCCUUACUUGCAAUAUGACCAGCCCUAUGAGGAUACUGAAUCUGCUUAUGAAGGUUUGAACUUUGCCAAAGAAGCCCUUAGCAGAGUGUACAGGCCCUCUGGCAAGAGGACAUCACCCGGACGUACUUGCAGGGAUAUCAUCCAACACAACCCAGACUUUAAGAGCGGUGAAUACUGGAUUGAUCCUAAUGAAGGCUCAGCUUUGGAUGCCAUCUUAGUCUACUGUGACUUUGAAACUGAGGAGAGCUGCAUCAAUGCUGAAACUAAAGAGUUCCAACAAGAGAGAUGGACUAAGAAUGUCAAGUCUGGUCAGUACUUCAUGGAGGAAGUCAACAAUGGCAAAGAAUUUGAGUACCAAGCCAACACCCAGCAAGUCAAGUUCCUACAACUCUUGUCCACUGGGGCCCGCCAGACUCUUAUCUACAACUGCCUGAACUCAAGCCCCAGUGGAGCCAGAUUCACUACCAGCACAGGAGAGGAGAUUGACUCAUCUCUUAGGAAGUACCAGAAGUCUACCUUCAUUGAUAUUUAUGAUGAAUGCAACAAGGACAACCAAUGGCACACUGCCACCUUUAGCAUCAGAACCAACAAGACCGAGAUUUUGCCACUCACCGACAUCCUUCUCUUUGACAUUGGCAAGGAGAACCAGCAGUUCGGUAUACAAGUUGGAAACGUCUGCUUUAGUUAGUCAGCUCAUUAUCCAAUCUCAUUUUUUUUUUUUUUAAAUUGCCAUUUUCAUCAACUUUAAAUCAAUUUCUUGGAUAAUUUUUUUUUUUUUCGCAUUGAAAAUAAACGGCAGACAUCCGGAUGGAAGCAGUUGAAACUUGAUGUUUUAGAAAAAAAAAUUGUUUCAACUAAAUUCUUUUUUUUUUUUGUCCUGUGCAAUUAUUUUUUCAAAUAUACUUUUUUAAAGAUAUUUCUAACGCAAUAUUUUAAAACCAUUUUGACUUGUGCCUUAUCAUACUCCGUCCAUCAUUUCUAUAUUUGUUUCAUGCCCUGCAUUUUAAAUAAAUGUUUUUUUAAUUACGAUUUUUUUUUUGUUUCGUUUUUUUAACAUUUCCUGGUACCGGUAAUAAAAAAACAACAAAUAUUUUAGAGUAAUACAAAGAAAAUGGUAAUUAAAUUGUGAUAAAGAUCCAACACAUUUACGUUUUCAGGAAAUGCAAUUUUUAGUUUUUAUAAAACAACUUUAAGUUGACAUCUUUUUUUAUUCUUCAUCUGGAUAAAUUUUGUUGCUGUUAAAAAAAGAAAAUUGUUAUUUUAAAAUUUGUUAACUAUUUUUUUUAUCAUCACUAAAAUGUUUCAAACAAAUUGUUUAUUUGUUAUACCAAUGUUUGCAGCACGAUUUUGAAUGAAUGAAGAGCAAAUGGAUUUGUUUUGUGUUAUUUUGCCAGUAUUACUUUUGAUAUAUCUUUUACCAUUUAAACAUAAGAAUAAAACUACUAGUACUUAGCUAAAGAGGUAAGAGCCUUUUAUUUUAACUCAGGCUUCUCGAAACAUCUGUUUAGCUUGCUGUGUGUUGCCUUUUGGCAUCAUUCUUUGAAUUAUUGCCCUUGAAAGAAACUGCUUUGUAGACUAGAUACCAAACAAGUUGCCAUUCCAUCUUAACUAAUCUGCUGCCAACUGUGAUCUUUUUUUAACCAUCAAAAAAAAAAAUCUUACUUUGCAGUUGUAACACCUUAAUGCAAACUUCAACCCACACAGUUUGCAUGUUGAGGGUGUGUCAAAGAAUUUACAGCAGCAAAACAGAAUGCGUUUCUGAAGCUUGUUUUUAAUAACUGAUGCUUUCUUACUUUCAAUAACAAUUUUUUUUGUUCCUUCAAGAUUUUUGAUGAAUGUUUUAUAACUGUAAUUCAAAAUCUUGAGUCAUCUUUCCCUUGACAACAUGCUCAUUUUCCAGUACAUGGGUUUUAAAAAACAACAAUUCAGCAUUGGAAACAUCAGUCACCACUAUUUGAGAUAGAUCAAUAAAAACUGGAAUUCUUUUA